UACUGCGAGUAAAGAGGCUUCCUGUCCAGGAGUUUGGGCGCGUGGUUCUGAAGCGAGUUUGCCUUUCUGUCAAGUCCAGCCAUGCGGCCCGGUUUUAGUCCGCGUGGUGGACGUGGUGGGUUUGGGGAUCGUGGUGGACGAGGAGGUUUCCGAGGAGGACGAGGAGGUGGAUUUAAGUCUCCUGGUGGAGGAGGUGGACGAGGAGGCUUUCGAGGAGGCUUCCGAGGAGGACGUGGAGGAGGUGGUCGAGGAGGCGGUGGGGGCCGAGGAGGGCGUGGUGGCUUCAGAGGUGGUAAAAAGGUUACUGUAGAGCCCCACAGGCAUGAAGGUGUCUUCAUCUGCCGAGGAAAGGAGGAUGCACUGGUGACUCGGAACCUAGUUCCAGGCGAGUCUGUGUAUGGAGAGAAGAGGAUUUCUGUGGAGGAUGGAGAACUCAAGGUGGAAUACCGAGCCUGGAACCCCUUCCGUUCCAAGCUGGCUGCCGCCAUCCUUGGAGGCAUUGAUCAGAUCCACAUCAAGCCCGGAGCCAAAGUACUGUACCUGGGAGCAGCCUCCGGAACGACGGUCUCUCACGUUUCUGACAUAGUGGGUCCGGAGGGGCUGGUGUAUGCUGUGGAAUUCUCCCAUCGCUCAGGCCGUGACCUCAUUAACGUGGCAAAGAAGCGAACCAAUAUUAUCCCAGUAAUUGAGGAUGCGCGGCACCCGCACAAAUACCGCAUGUUGAUUGGGAUGGUGGAUGUCAUUUUUGCAGACGUGGCUCAACCUGACCAGUCGCGCAUCGUAGCUCUAAAUGCGCACAACUUCCUGAAGAACGGAGGGCACUUCGUUAUUUCCAUCAAGGCCAAUUGCAUUGAUUCGACAGCAGCGCCCGAGGCAGUCUUUGCAUCAGAGGUGAAGAAAAUGCAGCAAGAAAACAUGAAACCCCAAGAGCAGUUGACUUUGGAGCCCUAUGAGCGAGACCACGCUGUGGUCGUAGGGAUGUAUAGACCUCCUCCCAAGCAGAAGAAAUAGAGACCGCAGGAGCCAUCGGUGGGCAUUGUAUCAGUACUGUAGGCCAGAGCGGUGGUUUCUCUUGCUGCUUUGGGUGAAAGGACUCUUUUUCUACAGAUGGGGGCCCUGCUUCCAGAGGGCCGCAUGUUCAUUUCAGGGAUGCUAUUCUGCAUCUGUUCUCAAGUGUAUAUUUUUUAUUAAAAUAAGAAACCUAGAGGCAGUUACCGGUUCUGUCUGUGGGCUAGGGAGGAGGUGCACCUCUUUGCCGGCACACUGAACAAGGUGAGAAAUUAGCCAUGGCUUGUCAAUCCUGUCCAGUUGGCCAGAGCUUUGAUUUCACGUGGUGUGGAGAUGAGGGCUCAGUUCUGUGUACACUUACUAUGAAAUAAAGCCUUGUUUUGUAUAGUU